UGCAUCCUUGAACAAAGAUGGCUCCCUCAAGUCAAUAUUAAUAUAACAAGGCAUAUUGAAAUAGCAAACUAUGCAUUCUCUCUCCAUAAAUAGCCUAAAUCUAAUAUUCUUUCAAAUCUUAAACUCACCUCUAAUUUUCAUUUCUAUUUUUAUUCAUCUUAAUUAAUUCCCUUUUUCCUUUCCUUAUAAUCAUAUUUACUAUUUAUUUAUUUUUCAUUCACUCCUUUUUCGUUUUUAAAAUUAAUUUCAGGUGGAUAAUCAACUUGCCGUCAAAGUUCUCACAAUGCGCUGCGCCGCCGUCUCCAGCGUCCGCACCGUUGAGGAAACCGUCAAGAGCGUCAUCGGUCCUGUAUACGAAAAGUUCCACCUGGUUCCCGACGAGCUCCUCCGCAUUGCCGACCGCUCCGUCUACCCCGUACAGCAUCCUCAAGCGCCUGCACGGAGCACGGCCUCCGACAUUGCCGCAGCCGUCUACUCCAAGUGCAAACCGGCGGCGAAGGAGGCGUACGAUAGGUUUGGUGCCAAGGUGGAGCACUGUGCGGAGACGACAAGGCAGCGGCUGUUCCCUCCGGCGCCGAAUACGUCGUGUUGGAUGGAGAAGUACAACGAAAAAGUUGUGACGGCGGCGAAGAAGAGUUGUAGGGUUCCGGCAUUGGUUCCACCGGAGAGGAUAGCGAGGAUGCUUGAUAAACGAGUACCUCAAAAUCCCUUCCAUAGUUAAUAUUAUUGCACAAUAGGUUUUAUUGGUUUUGAAUUUUAACAGUUUUGCUAUAUUUUUAUUUUGAAAAGACAUUUAAGAAGAAGUUUAAUAUAAGAUACCACAAGAGCCUCUUCAACCAUAGGAGAGUUUUGCU